AUGAUCAUUCGGGCCGAGAUCGCCGAUUACGAUGUGGGUCGGGUGCUGAUUGACACCGGAAGCUGGGUGAACGUGAUUUUUGCCGAUGCAUUCAAGGGACUGGGAAUUGCCGACAGCAUGGUCAAUCGGCAAAUCACGCCUCUCCUUAGUUUUUCUGGAGAUCUGGUCCAACCAGUCGGUAGCAUUAGUCUGCCCAUCGCCUUCGGCGUCGCCCCGAGGAAAACCAUGACCUACGAUCAAUUCCUCAUUGUUGACUGCCCAACGGCAUACAACGUCAUCGUAGGGCGAACGGCACUCACCAGGGUCAAAGCCCACCUAUCUCCCCACAUGUUGCUGAUGAAGUUCCCGACACGCAACGGUACCGGAGUCAUCCGGGGUGAUCAGCUCAGCGCACGGACGUGCUAUGCCACGGCCCUUAAGUCGGUAGCUAGCAAACCGCCCAUGGAGGCCAUGACCUUGCAGGGACUACCGAACAGUAGCGAACUUAUUGACGACCCCAGGGAGGAAAACCCAACGCCGAUGGCGCAGCCCGCUGAGGAGCUCGAGACCGUAAUCCUGAACGAGGAGUUCCCCGAUCGGUGGGUAAAGAUCGGCACCAAUCUGGAUAUGCCUGGUCUUAUGACGAUAUGCCUGGCAUAUCACCUGAUGUCAUCAGCCACAAGCUCAGCAUCUCCACCGCCCACAAACCGGUCAGGCAAAAGCGCCGAUCGUACGAUGCCGAAUGGUACGAGGCAAUGCGUGCCGAGGUUGACAAGCUCAAAGCCAUCGGCUUUAUUAGGGAAGCUACGUACCCUGUUUGGCUUGCCAACUCAGUCAUGGUUCGGAAAGCCAGGGGAGGAUGGCGGAUGUGUCAGGACUAUACCGACCUGA